GCCCUUCCUCCCCCUAGGGAGCUGAACUUCUGCUUUGAUGGAGAACAGAAGGCUUCUGGCUCCGGGUCCUACUGCUGCCUGACCCAGGAGUAUCAGGCACCAAGCUACCAAGUGUCUGGGAGGCUGCCGGGCCAGCGUGGUGAUGAAGAUCCCACAGGACCAAGUCUCCAUGCUGCUACUGCUGCUGCUCCUGCGCCUGCUCCAUGUGUCCUGGGCCCAGAGCAGCUGCACAGGACCCCCUGCCAUCCCUGGCAUCCCCGGCAUCCCUGGGAUACCUGGAUCUGAUGGUCAACCUGGGACCCCAGGGAUAAAGGGAGAAAAAGGGCUCCCGGGGAUGGCCGGAGACCACGGUGAGUUUGGAGAGAAGGGGGACCCAGGGACUCCUGGGAAUCCAGGCAAAGUUGGCCCCAAGGGUCCCAUUGGCCCUAAAGGUGCACCAGGGCCCCCUGGGCCCCGUGGUCCCAAGGGGGAUUCAGGAGACUACAAGGCCACACAGAAAGUCGCUUUCUCCGCCUUGAGGACCAUCAACAAUCCCCUGCGACGGGACCAGGCCAUCCGCUUUGACAGAGUGAUCACCAACGUGAACAACAAUUUUGAGCCACGGGCCGGCAAGUUCGUCUGCAAGGUGCCAGGUCUCUACUAUUUCACCUACCAUGCCAGCUCCCGAGGGAGUCUGUGUGUGAACCUUGUCCACGGCCGGGAGAAGAUGCAGAAAUUACUCACCUUUUGCGACUACGCCCUGAACACCUUCCAGGUCACCACGGGAGGAGUGGUCCUCAAGCUGGAGAAGGAGGAGGUGGUGUUCCUGCAGGCCACUGAAAAGAACUCCCUGCUGGGCAUUGAGGGUGCCAACAGCAUUUUCUCUGGGUUCCUACUCUUCCCUGACGUUGAGGGGUGACCCGUGGGGCUGAAUCACACCUGUUUAUCACCGUCCCAAGCCUCCCCCACCAGCAAUCCUUCCUGUACCCUUGACUGGCCAAAGCCCAGAGCAGAGCUUGGUGGAUGUAUCCAAAUGAAUGAGAAAAUAAACUCUUCCAGGCCAAAGGGCUUGGGUUUGAGUUCCA